GGAAGCUUCGAAGAAAACAUGUCGUUGGAUAUGUGAGAACAUUGCUGGUCCAAGCGAAAUAGAAGGAAGGAUCCGAGCCAUCACUGUGGCCUUUGCAGCGCGGAAAAGUACAUCUUCCUUUUGCAUCUGGCUUUCUUUGACCCGAAGAUGCAUCAUUUGGGCGGGUGCAGAAGCUGCACAUGGACGAGUUGCAAACGUGUGAGAUUCUUUUUGAUUCUGAUGGUACUGCAACAUCCUGUUCGAUUGGAACACUUUGAGAAAACAUGCAAGAUCAAUAUCUGCGCGUGGCCCUGUUGCUUGCGUGCAUCCCGGAACUGGUUGAAAGAGACAGUUGGUGAUCUAAUCUUUUGUGCGCAGGGAGUGUCCUUGUUGACCGCACAUGCAAUCGUUGCAGAGGUCAGAAGCACCAGCUAAAGAACGUUCUUGGUUCAAAGCGACGAAUGACAUUCUCUAUAUACAGUUUUGAUUGUAACUUGGAACAUUCACCCUCGACUUGCCAAGAUUACCUGUAUACAAUAUAGAAGACAACACUGGCCAAUGAAAACUGCGACACCGACCUGAGGCUAUUUGUUUGCAGGCAAACGAAAAGAUCACAACAGAGGGCAUCAUUGGCUACAACAAUCAUGACACAGACUCGUAGAGCUUCAGACCUUCACAUGUUGUCAUGUCCUGUCGUGCAUUUCUGCAGAAUAUUGGGUCAACUUUUUAGCUGAGAGCACGGGCUGUGGGCCACGCUCUAUGAGGUUCAAGGAGGAUGACCUCUCAGUACGAAAACAUUUAAAGGUCUUUGUUGGAGGUUUGCCAGACUCGGCGGAUGAAAGAGAGGUUGAGAGACAUUUUGGGAAGUACGGGCACAUUGUCCAUUGCAAUGUUUGCCCUCCCAAGGAAGGUGAGAAGAACAAGGCACCGUAUGCCUUCGUGAGCUUCAGAUUUGCAGCUGAUGCCGACUGUGCAGUAGUUGACACCCAAAACUUCCCAGGGGUGCAGAGGCAACUUGCCAUGGGGUUUGCAACACCAAGAAAAAAGGAUGAAGAGUUGAAGGAGAAGCAGGAUUCUAUGCUCAGCGAUUCUGAUCCCUGCAAGGUCUUUGUGGGUGGCAUCAGUGAUCGAGACGGCGAAGAGGAGGUUGGUGACUUCUUCUCCCAAUGGGGUCUCGUCACGCUGAUCUACAGGGACAAAGCCUCCUGGGGGUUCGUGCACUUCGCGACCAAAGAGGGUGCGAUGCGCGUUCUCGAAGAGAGCAGUAUUACAUUCCACAGAAGGAAGCUUGACAUCAAGAAAGCCUCGGAGUCGAAGAAGGUGAUGAGCGACGAUGAGAGGCAUGUUUAUGUGAAGAGGGCUAUUGAAAGGCAUUUCCACAAGAAGACUGCGCCACCACAUCCAGGCUACCCACCUGCAGGUGGUUACUAUCCGCCUCCUCCAGGCUACUAUGGAUCGCCACCACCAGGCUACCCUGGCUAUCCUCCUCCUAGUUAUCAACCACCAGGAUAUCCACCGCCUAGCUAUCCUGGAGGAGCAUACGGAUCACCGUUUCGCUCUAGAUCACCCUUCCGCUCUAGAUCACCGCCUCCAAGCGAUCCAUACGGUGCAUCCAGGCCUCCAAGCGAUCCAUACGGUGCAUCCAGGCCUCCAAGCGAUCCAUACGGUGCGCCUAGCUAUCCUGGAGGAGCAUAUGGAGCUCCGCCUCCAAGCGAUCCAUAUGGUGCGCCUAGCUAUCCUGGAGGAGCAUAUGGAGCUCCGUUCCAACAUGUUCUUCGUUUGUCCUUCCAGGCCUCCAAGCGAUCCAUACGGUGCGUCCAGGUACCUACCUUACUGAUCCGAGGCAGGCAUCCAAGCUGACCAGUUUCAGAAUAGCUGACCAGUUCGGCUUGGAGUCGCAGUCUAGCAGCCUAGCAUGUAUAUGUAUAUGUAUACACACCAUAUCUAGCAAAGCCGAUAUGCUAGAAACCGCGAAGACAAACGUGUUAAACGAG